GUGGAAAGUGUGUGUGCGCGUAUGUGUGUGUGUGGAUGUGGAUCAGUUUCGUUCGUCCACCGAGCGAGGUGGUGGGAAGACAACAAAGAUGGGAAAGCUUCAGGAAUUCCAGAUCACUAUAAACGGCAACAAAGUGGUUUACAGUCCCGGUGAGUCCAUUUCCGGGACGUUGAAAAUCUCCACCGGUCAACCUAUUCAGUGUAAAGCAAUUAAGGUGAACUGCCACGGGUCAUGUGGCGUGACCAACAAAGUAAACGACACGGACUGGCUCGAGGAGGAGCAGUACUUCAACAGCUCUCUCUCUGUGGCUGAUAAAGGCACUUUGAAACAGGGCGAACACAUUUUCCCCUUCAAGUUUCUCAUACCAGCCACAGCUCCGACGUCAUACGAAGGGCCGUAUGGAAAGAUCAUGUACAAAGUCCGAGCCUUUAUCGACACGCCUCGCUUCUCAAAAGACUACAAGACCGAGAAGCCCUUCUACAUGCUGAACAACAUUAACCUUAACGAAGUGCCCGACAUCUAUGAGCCAAACUCUUCAACUAUAUCUAAGAAUUUCUCAUACAUGUUGGUGAAGAACGGGACGGUCGUCCUGGUGGCUAAAACAGACCAGCGUGGAUACACUGCAGGUCAGGUCAUUAAAGUGUCCACAGAGAUCGACAACCAAUCAGGGAAGAACACGGGCCAUGUUGUGGCGUGCUUAAUUCAGAGAGUGACGUAUCACACGAAGAAACCGACACAUGAAACGAGAACGAUCGCAGAAGUGGAGGGAGCCGGAGUGAAGGCAGGCAAACGGGCAGAGUGGAAAGAGCAGAUUAUCGUUCCUCCUCUUCCACAGUCGUCUCUGGCUGGAUGUAACCUCAUCGAGAUCAACUAUUUCAUCCAGGUGUCUUUGAAGUACCCAGAAAUGUUACUGACGCUGCCAAUUCAUAUCGGGAACAUUGCGGUCGAUCCGAGUCUCCGUCCACCUCCUCCUCCUAAAACCGACAAAGCUUCCAAGACAGCUCCCACUCCAGCGCCACGGACUAACCCGGCGUCUCCUACUUCACUCAACCCACCUGCCGCCGCUCCUCCUCCAUCUGCCUCCCCCAAUCUACCCCCUCGCCCUGCCCCCCGUCCUCGGCCCCGCAGCAUGUGCGUGACUCCGACCGCACCCCCGGCAGAGCAAGACAUGAUGGGAGCUGGGAAUCGGCAGUGCGAAGAGAUUCCUACUAAGGUCCACUCUCAGAAUCAGGGCCCCAUGUCUCCCAGCGCCUUUAGCUACGCACCAGGCCUUGUGUUCCCGCAGAAUAACAUCAACCCCUCAGCGCCUCACUUCUCCCUCUCCACCGGGGCCACCAUCCCCUUCUUUAGUGAAGGGAGUGGCCCACCCGUGCCCACUUCCUGCCCCUUCAUCCUGCCUCCAGAUUACAGAAGCUCAGCACACCCGCACGAGCCUCCACCAGCUUAUGAAGACAGCUUCCUCACCACGUAAAUGACACAUUCUGCUCUGUACUAAAUAAUAGCCGACGCCUUACUUUGGGAACGAUGUCCUUUCACAUCCCUACUUACUGCACUUUUUGGACAUCAUAGUGACGCCGGAAGUCUGUGAUCGACAAACAGGUUCACAGAAAGUUCUUUUUUGUGUGUGAAGCAUGGAGCGGGAUCUCAUUUCCAGCUUUCUCAAACUCUGAAUGUCUUUCAUUCAUCUUUGUAUUUGUUCUUGUCCACAGGAGACAUUGCGUCCAUUAUCAUACAUCGUAUACAUUCGUUUGUAGCCCACAGAAAAAAAAAGUUUGCGUUUUAAAUGAGUAUAAAAAUAAUAAUUGCUGCUAUUGGCAAACAAAUUUUUUUAAAUGGGAUUUCACCUCUUACAGGCAAAAGUUACACAAAAAUGUCCUAUGCUUUGUUAAUGGGUUCUGUUUCCUUUUAGAAGGUUUUACUGAUAAAGGAUAAAGGAUACUAAUUUUAUUUGCUUUUCUUUAGCUUUCUCUUUAUUGCUUUUGUUGAAGGUAUUUGUGAAAUUUAAACACUCUCAUUUUGCAUUUCUUUAAAUUCAGACAGAUUUUUCGAUUCCAUUACCAGAUGCAAUAAAGUGUAUCAUUACAUUGUAAUAAAACUGUUUUCUACUCCA